UUUUUUUUUCCUUGUGGAAAGUGAAUUCCCCAAUUAUGGGAGAUAAAUUGCCUCCAGCGAUGGAGAAGAGUACUCCUCCAAUAAGGAGUGAGGAAAAGCAACAACUUUUUGCUGCUACUAAGGCAGAGAUGGAAAAGGAGAAAGGGGAGACCAUCACGGUGAAGAGAAAGAUGGACAUCAGCGCUGAAAAGGAAAGUGGGAGAAAAAGGAAGAAAAAGGUGAAACAUCAGUGCAGUGACAACAUCAAGGAGGAGGAUUAUACGGAAAAAGAAAAGAAGAAAGAAAAGAAGGAAAGAAAAAGACCCCGAAAUGAUGAGGACCCCAUCAAAACAGAGGAAGCAGGAAGUGAGCAGAAGAGGCCCCACCAAGAAGAAGAAGUUCCUCUCCCUGUUGCAGUCAGCAUGUGUCAGAUCCACGCAUUGCUUGGGAUUGGUUCAUUUGGCAAAGUGAUGUUGGCAUCUCUGCCCAACAAGAGCGAGCACGUGGCCAUAAAGGUCAUAAAGAAUAGCGGCCAGGACCAACUUAGUGAAACCGUCACUGAGGUUCACGUGCUGAAGAUGGCUGCUGGAUGCCCAUUCCUUUGUCAAGGAUAUGGAUCCUUCCAUACUCAGGUACAAGAUAGUGUCAAAACAUUAAUGGCAUUGUAUCUAUCAAAGGGUGAAGUAGAACUUGCCACAGUUCACCAGAGAGAAAUUUCAUAGCUCUCACUUUUAUGGGAAUUAAAGGGGUUCGUUUAUUA